AUGCCACCGAAAGAAGAAGCAAAGAAGGAGAAAGAAAAGGAGGAGAAGAAAGAGGAAGGGGCCAAAAAGGAUGAGGCAAAAAAAGAAGCCAAGAAAGAGGAGAAAAAAGAAGAAUCCAAGAAGGAAGAUGCCAAGAAAGAAAAGGAGGCCAAAAAGGAAGACAAGAAGGAAGAGGCCAAGAAGGAGGAGGGCAAGAAAGAGGAGGCCAAAAAAGAGGAGAAAAAGAAGGAAGGCGGCAAGGAAAAAACGGAAAACGGCAAAGGCGGCGGCCCAAAGAAGACGGUGUACAAGGGCAAGGCCCCCGGCUGGCUGAAGGACCCCAAGUUCCUCUACAGCGACAACAAAGUGCAGGAGCUGGUGAAGAAGGCGCCGCCGGCGGCGGAGGUGCCCGGAGUGGCCGGCGGCCCUGACGGCCUGAAGAGCCAGGGCAAGCGACCGCAGCACCUCGCCAAGGUCCACUUCAAACCCAGUGAGGCGGUGGCCAAGGAGGCGGUCAAGGUGCACGAGCUGCUCGACAAGAUGGUCGUCAAGGCGAAGGAAGGUGGUGGUGGGGGAGGCAGUAAAGAGAGCAGCAAAAAGGCGGAAAAGUCAAAGGAGGCGAAGAAGGAGGAAGGGGCGAAGAAGGAGGAAUCGAAGAAGGAGGCAAAGAAAGAGGGAGGAG